AUGCGAGGGGUAUAUAUUAUAACCAAUCCCGGGUCCACAGCCAGAGUCUUCCAGCAUCGCCGAGAGCGGCCUUCACUGCCUGAUGGUUACAUAUGGGAAACACAGGGGAAAAAGUUCAGUCCGCGAGACUUACUGCUCAAUCCAGUCACUGAAGGGUCUCUACGCUCCGAGUUUGGUCUUGUGUUUUGCCAUCGCGGACUCUACGAGCGGGCCUCCAGAAUCGUUGAAAACUCAUUUGCCGCCAUCGACAACGGCAUCAGCGAAGGACUGUUCCUCCACGAGAUUGACGGAUUCGUACCGGAAACCCUCAAGACGGCGGUAGUAGCACAUGACAAGAUUGCAAGGCGCGUCACGCGCUACGACAAGCCGUGGGGUCAUAUCUCUCUGCUUGAGAGAUACAAGACAGCUCUCGUGACGAGGAACAUCGAAAACCUCAUUCUUGACCCAAGCAAACCUGGUCAGCCAGAAAUGCCAGGCCAGCCAGGCUUGGGACCACCAGACCUUGCUAGCUCAUACCUGGACACCAACGAGAAGGUGCUAGCGUUGUUCGACGUGCUCUGGAGAGAAAAGUUUGGCAAAAGAGGCCAUACCCUCCAAUACGAUCUUCGGGACAACGAUCUGGCCAAUGCGAUACCCUAUUACUCCUUCCACAUCUCCAAGCACGCAAAUGGGAGAACGACCGCGCCACCACUGGUUCAUAGCAUGUUUCAAUCAGUGAUGCUCAAAGGUUAUAAUGUGGUCUACCGGUCAUUUGAUCAUCUCAUCAGGAUGGUUGAAGCGGCUUCCUGCGCACAAUACGGAUACAACUACUUCGAGAAGAAGCAGCUGCCUAUGUUUCCCGCGAUGGUCAUGGUGUUCCACGCUCAGCCGAUCAUUGACCUUGCAAUGGAGUCUGAGCCGAUCAACGCCCUUUGGGACAAAAGAAGCUAUGAGCACAUCUACGACAUUGCGAUGAAGCAAAUAAUGUCCUACGUUGGAAUAGGGGAGAAGGACAGGCCGUAUAAUUUCAUCCUCGAGAUUACGCACAGCGGCCUAGGGCUGGGCUACAAGCGGGAAACAGAUGAGGCGAAGAACCCUCUCAACGGUGAGCUGAUCAGAGACGAAAAAGUCAAGUUCGAGAGUCGAGUCGAUCGAGUCUUGAUAGAUGUUGCCUUGAAGCUGCGGGACGAGAACUCCAAGCUACUAUUCAGCUCGUGCACAAGGCUGCCCGACUACAUCAAAGACCAAAAAAACUACAAGGCAAACUGGCAAACGUCACAUCUAGAAGCAUGGAAAGAUCCCAAAGACGAAAGCGGACUCUCAGCGGUCUUGCGAGCUGUCCAUGGCGGCCUAUAUCCACAGUCUGAUAUUGUAGUUGCCGAUGAUCCCUUCGCUGAAAUUGCCGCACGGUCUUGGAUUGAUCAAGAGUUUGCGUUGGAUCGACGCGAACUACUCAGCGGUAUCCCCUAUUGCGACUGGCUGAAGAAAUCUCGCGGGCGCGGAACCUUUGGUACCGAAUAUCGGAAGAGAAUGGUCGAGUCCGUGAAGAAGCUUAAUGCAAGUUUCAAGGCAAAUACAUACGGAGGAGACUUUCCCGACAUGGUCUCAAGUCCCGUACGCCCCGAUAUUCCCGAAGGUCCACGCGUCACAAAUGAAAGCAUCGACCAAUGGUUGGCAGCGAUGAAGGAUUCAAGACAUACCAUGGACACCCAAAGCGCCUAUCCAAAUUCUAGCAUUGGGGAAGAAGGGAACAUGAGGGACGACCGCAACGAGGGAGAUGACUGGAGUACGAGGGACGACCGGAGUAUAAGAGACGGGCAAGACGAGCAGAAUGGGUUCGCGAUUCAGAUUGAAGGCAAAGCAGGCCUUGUAUUCAAUUUCCCCGGUGAUGCAAACCGCGCAUUGUCCAAGCUGCGCGAGCAAGGAGUCUCUGGCAGCGCCGACGCCACCACCGCCCAAGACACCUUCACUACCAUCACGAUAGGUUCCGCUAAAUUCAGAUUCAUCAGCAGGAGCACAUCCAUCCAACCAAUCUUCACGAGAGCAGAGAAAGCAGCAUACGAAGGCAACGUUAUGCUUCUCAAGAAAAUCAUCGCCGAAGCUAGGGAUAUUGAGAGAAUGCCCGAGCGUCUGGCGACCGAGCUGGGACUCGCAUGCGAGCAGGGCCAUCUCGAGGUGAUCGAACUGCUUCUGAGUUACAUGCCGGACAUCAAUGUAGAAGGCCGCGAUGGCCUUCCUCUGGCCUUGGCUUGCUCCGCAGGACGCGAAAAUGCUGUCCGAAAGCUCCUGGAUCGUGGUGGCGAUGUCAACUUUGCCGUACGACUUGGUGAAGCACCUCUUAGUGCGGCUUGUAGAAGUGGCAACAAAGAUAUUGUCGAGCUUCUACUCAGGAAAGGUGCCGAUCCAACGAUUCAGACAUUGUUCAACCCGAUGGCUCAAGCGGCGAGCAACGGCCAUACGCAUAUCGUCAAGAUAUUGCUUUCUCACGAAAAACGACGUUCAAAGUCACGUUCUGUGGCAGAGUUCGCCAAGAAUGCACUCCAUGAUGCGUGUUUUUACGGCGAAAGUGGCAUUGUCAAGCUGCUUCUUCAAGAAGGUGCAGACAUCAACCUCCAAGGUGGUCACGAGGGUAGCCCCCUCCAUGCGGCAUGUUCCCAGGGUCACAUGAAAACCGUCUGCGUUUUACUCGAGAAUAAGGCCAAUAUUGAUCUGGAGAGAAACGGUGAGACUGCAUUAGGGGUAGCAUGUGCUCGGGGUCAUUACGCAGUUGCAGAGCUGUUGCUGGCGAGGGGUGCAAGCAUUAAAGCCCCAAUCAGAAGGUCAGGCAUGGUUUACGAACGUCCACUGGAACGAGCAUACAAAGCUGGUAACACAAGCAUUGUGAAGCUACUGCUAGCGAGAGGGGCCCUGAUAGAUUUCACCGUGGACACAGAGACAAGGAAUACGGAAGUGGCCUUGCUACUGUUACCGACGUGGCGUCCGGCUCAGCCCAGACUUGUUGAUUCAAGCCUCUUCGCGUUUCGUCGAAAGCCAUUCGAGGUCGGAGUUCCUAAGAAGAAGCCCGUGGCACCGCACCGCGCAGUCAAAAAGCUGCCCGACUGUGGCUGUCUGAUAUGCUGGAUGGAUGCUUAUAGGAGUAACUCGGACUACUCCUAUGACGAGGAUAAUACCAACUGGUAA